AUGGAGCAAGAGACUGGCCAGACUACAUCAACGAACCCUGCGAAUGUGUCAAGAGAACGAGUACAUGCAUCGCGACGACGAAGACAAACGAUCUCGACAGAGAGCGAGGAGGUGAAAGCCGACGAGGAGUCCUGCUGGAAAUGCAGAGGAGACACCGCAGACGAAAGCGCAUCCUCGUUCCCUCACAUUCAAGACCUCUGCCCAGCUGACAGGAAAAGGAUAGCUUUGCUGGUUAAACAGUUAAUUAAAUGCACGAAGGAGCUGCGUGACGCCAAGGCCGAGCUGACCGUGAGCGAAUCCGAAAAGGAGGCGAUGAGAAGUCAGUACGAGAAAUCCCUGGACCGUCGUGAAACGGAGAAGAAGCAAUUAGAAUUCCAACUAGACCAAGCGCGGGUCGAGACGAAAGACUUGAAGACUCGAAUUUCACAUGUCCUGGAGUUGUUGACGCGACAGGUCGCCGCUCAGGAGAAACAAUUCCUCGAGCUGACGGAGACGGUGAACGACUUGGUGAAGGAGAAGUGCCGAUUGCAGAACGCCCUAGUCGAGAAGCAAUCGGAAAACGAUGUCCUCCAGGCUAAAUUUCAAAGAACGAAGGAACUACUCGCUGCAAAGAGAUUGGAACGCAGCAAAGAUGGCGCGAGAAAGGCUCAUCAAGCUUGUCAAACCGAGGACCUCGAGACAACGGAGAGCGUCCAAGAGGAGUCGGACAGGGACUCCAUCUCGUGUCGACUGCAAAAUGUACGUGUCAAGAGCAAAGACGACCUGGAGAAACCAUCCAGCGAGGGAAAGUUAUUGAGGGAGUUGUUCUUCAGGAAACCGAGCGUCGAGGAUAGCGGGAGCUUGGAUAUCAUCCCGGUUCUGUCGGAGGUUGACCUGCAGACCAACCCUUCCAAUCGUGUCCUCUUCUCUUGA